AUGUUAUAUCAAUGUGUAAAUUUAAUUAUUUUCUGUAAUUUUUUAUGUGGUUUCUAUGUUAAAUUUUCAAAGCUUUAUAUGACGAUUUUGUCUACGAUUUAUUGCGCUUCGAUUUCAGUUUUCAUCCUAUAUGGAUUGUACUCAAGACCUCUUAUUAAUACAUUCUAUGUUUGGUCGAAUAAUUUCUGUAUGUUUGACACUAUUUGUUAUAUUUUAUUUACCUAUAUUAAUGGAACAGUGUACGUAUCGAAAUUUCUUAGAAAGAUAUCAGAAAUUGACGGCUUACUUCACUUUCAACGCCCCAAAUUUUUUAUUAAAACAAUAUGGUUCUUUUUAUUUAUUUUCUUUGAAAAAAUCUUUUACUCUUUGGAAUAUUACGCACGCAAUGAUGUGAGCACGACUACUUACAAAAUUUCGAUGGCUGCUUGGUUAGUUUACAAAUAUGGCAGCUUUUUCAAUUCAGUCUUGAGAAACAUAUUGUUCGCACUAAUGAGACAGAGGAUGAAAGGUCUUCGAUCAAUGCUUGAGCAUAAUAUAAAUCAAGACGGUCUCGACAAAGUUGAAGAAAUUAACAAGACGUUAGAAAUUUAUAAAAUGAUUCUGGAUACUAAUAACUGUUUUGGAUACAUAGUUAAGUAUUAUAUUGUACGCGAUUUUUUUGCUGCAUUCUACUACGUGAUAAUCACAACCAUCGGUAUUUCAUAUAAUUCCAAAAAAAGCGUAAGACCGCACAUGGCAGUGGAUGCCGUCGCAAAUAUUCUUGUGGCUUGCUGGCCAUGUAUCGUUUUACAAGAAACGAUAAAUGAAGUAGCAAAUAUAAAAACCUGUCUUGCUCAAGAAUUCUUGAAAUGCCCAACUGAAGACAGUCACCGCCGAACACGGGACAAAAUCAAAGAUGCCAUGAAAUAUUUGGAUUUGAAUCCUUUUAUGUUUCCCAUACUACAUCUAUUUAGUUUAAAUCUGACCGUGCCUUUUUACUUCAUCAAUAUUUGUUGUACUUACGUGAUAGUGGCAAUUCAAUUUGCUAAAUUGGCUUAA